AGCAAUGGCGAGUUCGCAAAGACCCAUUUCUGUUUUGUUCGUCAUGGGCUUGGUUGCUCUGCAAGGAGUUGUACUACGCGCAGGUGCAGGUGCAGCCGAUACCUUGACUGUGGAUCAGCCGCUGUCCGGCAGCCACAGGCCACUGGUGUCCAAGAGUGGCAAGUUCGCGCUGGGGUUUUUCCAGCCAGAUAACUCACAACAUUGGUACAUCGGUAUAUGGCACAACAAAGUCCCAAAGAAAGAAUCAGUCUGGGUGGCAAACAAGAUCUCUCCUAUCUCCAACCCAGAUUUGUCACAACUGACUAUAUCAACGGAUGGCAACAUAGUCUUACUCGACCAUUCGGGGGAAAUCUGGUCCACCAACAUGACGGGCAUCACCACUUCCACGGUUGGUGUCAUCCUCGACAACGGUAACCUUGUCCUAGCAGACACGUCCAACACCUCUAUCAUCCUGUGGCAAAGCUUCGACCACUUCGGCAACACGUGGCUCCCCGGCGGUAAGGUUGGACGUGGCAGCAAGCUCACUGGUGGGAGCACACGUCUAGUCGCAUGGAAGACUUUCAAUGACCCAACUCCAGGGUUGUUCUCUCUUGUGUUGGACCCAAAUGGUACGAGUCAGUACCUCCUCAUGUGGAAUAGUACGAAGCAGUACUGGACUAGCGGCAACUGGACUGGCCGCAUUUUCACCGACGUGCCGGAGAUGACACAAACCAAUGGCCAGGUCUACACAUUUGACUAUGUCGACAGCGUGAACGAGAGCUACUUCAUGUAUAAUAGCAACGACGAAACGGUCAUCACGAGGUUUGUGGUGGAUGCUACGGGGCAGAUUCAUGUCUUCACGUGGGUAGAUGACACCAAGAACUGGAUGUUGUUCUUUUCGCAACCCAAGGCGCAAUGCGACGUGUACGCGUUGUGUGGGCCAUUUGGUGUUUGCACCGAGAAUGCAUUGGCAUCUUGUAGUUGCCUCUGUGGUUUCAGUGAGCAAUACCAGGGCCAGUGGUCACAUGGUGAUCACACUCAAGGGUGCCGAAGAAAUGUUGCUCUACAGACCAGCGGUAAUAGCUCAUGGAAUGAUAGGUUCUACACCAUGGUGAAUGUGAAGUUACCAAUCAAUGCACAUAACACCAUAGCUGCAGCAGCAUCAGGUAGCACCCAAAACUGUGAGGUUGCAUGUCUAAGCAACAGUUCAUGCACCGCUUAUUCCUUCAAUGGCAUCUGCUUCCUUUGGUACGGGGACCUCAUUAACCUACAAGAUUUGAGCAAUGUUGGUAUUAAAGGCAGCACUAUUCUAAUUCGCUUGGCUGCAUCCGAGUUCUCUGACAGAACAAAGAAAUUGGCCACCGGUGUCAAGAUCGCUGCCAUUGUUACUAGUACUAGUGCUGCUGCACUAAUAAUUGUUGUCGUUUCAGUUUUCCUUUUGAGAAGAAGGUUCAAGGGAGUGGAACAAGUCGAGGGCUCACUGAUGGCAUUCACAUAUCGUGAUUUGCAAUCUCUGACCAAAAACUUCUCCGAUAAGCUUGGCGGAGGCGCCUUUGGUUCAGUGUUCAGAGGUUCACUGCCUGAUGAAACAUUAGUGGCUGUGAAGAAACUCGAAGGAUUUCGUCAAGGGGAGAAGCAGUUUCGGGCAGAGGUGAGCACAAUUGGCACCAUUCAACACGUCAACCUAAUUCGACUACUUGGGUUUUGUUCAGAGAGAAAGAGGAGGCUUCUCGUCUAUGAAUACAUGUCAAACACCUCCUUAGACCGGUGUCUUUUUGGGAGCAAUCAACUAGUCCUAAGCUGGGGCAUGAGGUACCAGAUUGCACUAGGAAUUGCCAGGGGAUUACACUAUCUCCAUGAGAAAUGCAGGGACUGCAUCAUACAUUGUGACAUCAAACCUGAGAACAUACUCUUGAAUGAUUCGUUUGUUCCAAAAGUUGCGGACUUCGGGCUCGCGAAGCUGAUGGGACGAGACUUCAGUCGUGUCCUUACGACAAUGAGGGGCACUGUAGGGUACCUCGCACCGGAGUGGAUAACUGGCACAGCCAUCUCAGCCAAGGCGGAUGUUUAUAGCUACGGAAUGAUGUUGUUCGAGAUCAUAUCGGGCAAGAGGAACGCGAGGCAGCGACAGGAGGACAGCGAAAUGGAUUUCUUCCCAUUAUUGGCUGCUAGAAUUCUAACAAACACCGAAGGAGAGUUGAACCUGAAUUGCCUCGUGGAUAGCCGGCUGGAACUAGACAGCGGCGUAGACUUGGCUGAGGUGGAGAGAGUCUGCACGGUCGCAUGCUGGUGCAUUCAGGACGAAGAGGGUGCUAGGCCGGCCAUGGCGACGGUCGUGCAGGUUCUUGAGGGGCUUUUUGAGGUCAAUGUCCCGCCGGUUCCGAGAUCGCUUAAAUUCCUGACGGUUUAAGCUAGUUGUGGAAAGUAUUUUUCAAAGAAAUUGUCGUCAGAAUGAGAUUGGGUUCACAUGGCUCAAUUUUGCGUGUAGUGUUUCCGGUGAAUUUUACCGUACUUGCUAGCCAUGUUGUAAGCUACUACAGUGUACCACAAAAUGUCCAGCAUGCCAUGUUGCA